AGGAUGAAUGCUACAAGUCAGUGAUGACUGAACUUGCAUGACGCGUAGAAAAAAGAGAAUUUUACUUUGUAACUUUGCAAUAUAAUCUUCAGUUGUCAUAUUUUCAAAUUAUGCAAUGAUAGAAAAAUUGUUUUCUGGAAGUUAUAAAUCGCAGCAGAGCUCUAUUGCCUCUUUAUUAGUUUUCUAGGGCCCCUCCUCAAAAGAACAAUUCUUACACGAAGCUAUAUUUGUCUUACUUUAUUUCGCAAUGUGACUCAAACAGGGUCAUUAAUUGUAGGAACCUCGCAAUUUAUUAAGCAACAGCUUGUAUAAUAAUCAAAUCUUUCAAUUUUCGUGGAGCAAUCGAAAAAAAAAAGCCAAAAUAAAGUAAAAAUUAUGACACGCUCGACAGCUCUUUCGAUCCCACUGGACUGAAGUAAAAAUUCAUGAAAGAAAAAGUAAAACAAAUCGUUCACCUCGCCUUCGUGAGAGUAGGUCACUAUAUAAAAGAGAAGAGUUUUUUAAACUUUUAUGGACUUCAGUCUCAUCUGCGGAAUAACAAUGAAGUCGAUCUCAUCUUCCAAAUUCCUUUUUCUUCUUGUGGUGAUUAACACGAUAUUCCACUAUAGUUCUAGUCAAUCGUGCCACUUACGUGAGCUUGAUCUUUGUGCCGCAACCUUAGUGCUUUUCAACCAGAGUCCAACAGGAGUUGCUACCAAUGAACCUGACCUCAACAGGCAGUGCACAUAUAUUAACGAAGCAGAACAAUGUUUCAAAAACUUCACUCUCAGAUGCAUGACACCACUGCAGAGAGAACUACUUGGAUUCGUAAGUGAGGGUUCAGAGAAACUAUUAACUGAAUACUGUACACCUGGAACUGAUCUAAGAGCAAAUUAUUUAAAGCACGCACCGUGUUUGAAUGAUGCCCAUAGUCUACAAAAAGAUUGCUUAAUUGAUUUGCAGGCUGGUCUCGAAGCUAUUUCAGUCUCAGAAUUUCAAAAGCGAAUACCAAUGGCAUGCUGCGGAUACCAACGUUACAUGACUUGUGCUCGUAAAACCGUGGAGAAGAAGUGUGGAAAAGCAGCUGUUGACUUUAUGCAACUGCUCCUGAAAAAUGCAGUAUCCAGACUUCCCGACAUAGUCUGUACAGGAUAUGGAUCUGAAAACCAUGAGUGCCAAAGAAUACUUCCCCCAGAAGGUACGGAACCAAAGGGUUCAAAGUCUGACUCCGUACUGUCAAGGCUCUUUGCAGCGUACUUGGGAAAUUAACUGACACCAAAGAUUAUUUAAAUAAUUGCUCAUUAUCGCUAGCAGGUAAAUUAAAUCUUACCCCAAUUUCAUUCAAACUAGUAUGUUGGCUAAGGUUCCACACAAAAGCUAAAGCAAAUAUACGUAUAAUUUUAAUCAUAUUUUUUAAUUUACUACUUUGUCUACAACUUUUUAUUUUCUUUCGAAAUUGUAAAAAGAGUGUAUAUUAAGUGAGCGAGUGAUAGUGAGCAAUUCUUUGAUAUGCAAUAUAUAUAAUAAUUUCUUAACGAUUUGUAAAAAAAAUUCAGUUUAAAUGUAUUUGCCGAUCAUUUUUCCUCAUUCCAUCGCCACAAAAAAAAUGCAUAUUCAUUUGAACGCAAACUACAAUUAAUCACUCAUUUGUAUAACUCAUGAAAUAAGAAAGGUAAGCAAUGCAAAACCCUUUGUCUAUCCACCGUAAGAAGACGACUGACCUUCGAAGAGUUCAUUUUCACGUGGGGACGUUAUUACGCUGAAGAAACAUCAUUUAGGAAGCUUUUUUUCAUUUUGCCCACCUACCAUCUCUGAUCUUCCUUUGGUUUCCGUUUCUAAGUAACGCCUAUUGUAACUAUUCAACUCAUACUGUCAAUUGAUUUCUUACAGUAGUCAAAUAAUAUAAAUUCGAAUAUGUACUUUUUUUACAUAUAAUUUUUUUUUUGUAAGUAACUUUCUGAGGAAUUAAAUAAGCAAUAAAAUUACUUAAAUUACUUUAAAAAUUUGGAAUUUUUUUUCUCUUAAAGAUUUGUAUUGUUGCGCACAGGUGCGAACUGAAAUAUUUUACUUACAGCUACUUAGAGCUAAAUUAACAAAAAAUAACUCGAAUGCGGAAUAAUUUUAAUAAAUACUCAUUAAAAAAAAAUAUGAAUGGUUUUUAAUUUAACUUGAUAAAAAUUUUUCCAUUUCUUGAGCAAGAAAUUUUUUUUCUGAGAUACUAAAGUCUUAUGAGAUUUAGCAGAAAUGCUUAUUUCUACGAUGGACCAUUCUCGAUUGCAACUCUCGAAUACGCCAUCAAGGGUGAACACCCAUUUUAUGUCUUGAACCUUCCCCCUUCCUUCUCCUCCUCUUCUCAGUUGUAUAGGAAUGUACUACGAUAUUUUCUUCUUUCUUAAUACUUUUAUUUUUCGUAUUUAAUUGUCAAAGAUAUUUUUUUUUUAAUGUCCAGGACGCUUUCUUUUAGAACUAUGUUCAAUAUAGUUUUCAGUUCCAAAUAUUUUUCCAAUUUAAAAGUUUUUAAUCUAUUUAAAAAUUAAGACAGAAACUAUCGUACUUCCUUCUCCUAUGACUCUCCUUACGCUAACGGUGUAAACACACGAAAUGUUGCCAUAGGUAGAGAGUUCUGCUCAACGCCACCUGUAGCCAAUUUCGAUCCCCAUUUCUGCAAAAAUCCAUUAGAUUGAGGCCUGGUAAAAAAUGUAGACAUUCUUGUGCAGAAAGAAAGUCAGAAAAAUGUGCACUGAACUAAUCUGAGUAGAUGCAUAUUAGAAAUUUCGUUUUCAAAGAGCUUUUUGACCUAGGAAGUAUUUUUUUAAAAAGAGAGUUAGUGAAAUGCCUUAUAAAACAAUCUGAUUUUAAACUUUGUCAAAGCUAUUUCUUGUCACUUUGUGUGUUUUUGUGAACCAAAUGAGAAAAUUGUCACCACUGUGAUGCGAAGAAUUUUUAUACAAGUAUUUGUAUUUUGUAAAUAAAUUGUAAGAGAUCUA